AUGGACCCAGCAGUGGCUUGGUAUCAGGAGGAACAGGACGGUCCGUCGAAGCUGGUCUGGAUGCGUAUUUGGGAGACUAAUUCGGAUCUGUAUGGUCCCCUGCACGCUAAUUACGGUCCGGGCAGCAAUAAUGGACAGGAAACGUUGAAGGGUCCUGCAUCCCGUGGUGGCGGUACCGGCGAUCAAAAGCCACACGACCUGCUGCAGUUCAAUAACUCCAACAGCGGGAACAACAACGGUAUCGGCAAUCACCAACAACCGUCACCGGCAAUCGAAUCGGCGGGGAAAAAUAUUAGUAACAGCUCGAACAAUACUGGUACGACAACUGCCAACAGUGGUAACGCUGGUAACGGUGGUAACGCACCACUUUCAAACAGUAGUAUACUAAACGCAAACAAUAACAACGCAGUAAACGCGUCCGUGCCGGGGAAUGGUAACGGCGGAAACAAUAAUUCUAACAACAACGUCAGCGGUGGCACGACGAACGGCGAGUUGACAACGGGCGGCGGUAACGGCUGCACCAACAACAACAACAACAAGGGUGGAUGCGGAACCGGAACCGGUCUAGUCAGUAGCGAGAAGAAUUAUAACCCGGUGCGCAAGAAACUGGGCAGCAUGAUGACGGACAAUAAGGCCAGCACCUUUAACAUGAACAAGCAACAACACCGGCUGAUCGGUGUCCACGGUGGAUGUCCCUGGCGUCCGCCAAACUUUAAGUACGGCCGAGGCAUUAUUGGAUUACAUCAGGAGAUAGAUCAAUUCUACGCGCACAUGAUUGCAACACCUACCGAGCACGCCCUCCGGGUGAAUGUGGUUGGCCGGAUAGAACAGAUCGUGCUGAAUCUCUGGCCCUCGGCAAGGGUGGAAAUGUUCGGUUCAUUCCGAACAGGGCUUUACCUACCAACUAGCGAUAUCGACUUGGUUGUAAUCGGACAAUGGGCCAUGUUGCCGCUGCGCACGUUGGAGAUUGAGCUGAUCAAUCAAGGCAUCGCGGAACCCAACUCUGUCCGGGUGCUCGACAAAGCAUCAGUGCCGAUCGUGAAGCUGACCGAUCGACAGACACAGGUGAAGGUGGACAUUUCAUUUAACAUGGAAUCUGGCGUACAGUCGGCGAAGCUGAUCAAGGGCUUCAAGCAGGACUACCCGGUGUUGGAGAAGCUGGUGCUAGUGCUGAAGCAGUUUCUGCUUCAGCGCGAUCUGAACGAGGUGUUUACCGGUGGCAUUUCUUCCUACUCACUGAUACUGAUGUGCAUUAGCUUCCUGCAGCAGCAUCACCAAAAGCCAAACGCCUGCUCCAAUCUGGGCGUACUGUUGAUUGAGUUUUUCGAGCUUUACGGUCGCAAGUUUAACUACAUGAAGAUCGGCAUUAGUGUAAAAUCGGGACGGUACAUACCAAAAGAAGAGUUGCAGCGAGAAAUGAUAGAUGGCCAUCGACCGAGCUUGUUGUGCAUAGAGGAUCCACUUACCCCGGGCAAUGAUAUUGGCCGUUCUUCCUAUGGCGCGUUGCAUGUGAAGCAAGCGUUUGAGUAUGCUUACAUUGUGCUCGUCCAAGCUGUACUACCCUUGGAUAAGAAUCUAAACGACUGUAACCGGCAAAGCAUAUUGGGCCGAAUAAUACGUGUGACGGACGAAGUGAUCGAGUAUCGCAAGUGGAUAAAGGAUACCUUUGAAGAAAAACUGACUCGGCAACCAAGCUUACAGCCGCUAACAACUACGACGGUUGUUUUAAGCGACCAUUACCUACCGCUUCAACAGCAGCAGCAACAGGCACGCCACUUAUCUCAGCAGCCAGUAAUUCAUCACAUUCACCAGCAGUAUCCGCGGCACGUCAUCCGAAGGCGACCGAGCUCGUCGAGCGUGGAGCUGUCGGAGGAAAGCAUGGAUAGCGAUGGGGGAGGUGCUAGUGGGGACUUUCACUGCAACACGUCGACGACCGCCCGUGAUAUCUCGCCGUCAUCGUCCGCAGCCGGCCUAACGACCCGUUCGCCACCGAUCGAGCUGCAUCACGAGCUGAACGGUGGCCCGGCACCGAUCAUGAUGCUAACGACGACGGCAACCCCCCACCUAGCAGCAACUACGGCCCAUCCGCACGAUUUGCUAAUAGAAGAGAACAAUUUGCUAAACAUGACCCACCAUCAGCACCAUCCGCAGCAGCAAUUAUCGGCGGAUCCGAACGGUAUCGUCGAUACGCAGGUGAUCAGCUACAACAACAUGAACAAUCGUCGCAUCGUACCGUCACCAAAUCAGCAUCAACAGCAGCAGAUUGUCAGCAGCAACAAGAACCUGUACAGUCGCAACAGCUCGGAGCGUAUCCCAUCGAGUGGUGCGACCGUCAACAUAUUGACAAAUGGCGGUGGUAAUAACAAUACCGGUGUCCAUGGCGCUGUGUACAACAUGCAACCCCAUCAGCAACAACAGCAGCAGCAUCAUCAGCAAAUGGGCCAAACGACGACAAACAACGGGUUGGUUCGUCAUAAUAGUAAAAAUCGUCGAACGGCCGCCAGCAUGCUCAAAAUCCCCACCAACCCGUCCCCGGUAUACCCUUCCACCGAUCUUACCGGUCUCUCCAGUGUAAGCAAUUGCAGCAAUAACAGUAGUAAUAGCAAUAAUCUACUCACCGGCAUGGUUGUAAAUGAUGAAAACAAUCUUCACUACCGUUCGGGCAGCCCGAAGGCCACCACCGUUGUUGGUGGGUUGCCACUGCUACCGUCGAAUGCGCUCGCGGGCAGUAAUGUGGUGAUAGUGGCCAGUGGUGGAGGCAGUUCGGUUGUGCCGAGUACGGCCAAACUGUACGGAAGCAGCGGAAGCAACAGCAGCAGCAGUGUGAGCAGUAGUAGCGGCGGCGGCACUAUCAAUAGCAAUGCCAAUUCCUCUAGCAAUAGCAACAAAAAGUCCUCCCAUAGUGGUACAAAUUCCUCGAAGCGCAAAAAGACUGUAUCGCCGGGGGAAAAGAAGACGGGUCCGAUGGCGGUGACGACGGGACCAACAACUAUCAGCUACGGGCUGACGAUGGCCGGUGGGGUUGGUAGUGUGGCCGGUAGUGGUGUUGGUGGCGGUAGCGCGGCAACGGCCAGCAUGGAUAGCCGAUGA